GUCGUCAGCGUGCUUCGUGCGGGGUUAGCCGGAGCGCAGUAUGCCGGGCGCACCGGGCGGAGGCCGCUCGCCUCCCACCAAAACAGUGACCGUGUACCGGAACGGAGACGCCUUCUUCCCCGGAAGGAAGGUGGUCGUGAACCCGCGGCAGGUGUCGACCUUCGACAGUCUUCUGACCUCCGUGACGCGCAGGGUGGAGGCUCCGUCCGGCGCCGUGAGGCGGCUCUACACGCCCGUGCUGGGCCACACGGUCCGCCGCCUGGACGACCUGCGGCACGGCAGCGUGUACGUGGCGGCCGGAAACGAGCGGUUCAAACUGCUGGACUAUAGUGAGAUAACAACCAAGAAGCCGGAGAGUAAGAAAAAAGAACAGAUCCAACCGGUUGUUCACAGCAGAAUAGUGGUUUCUGCUCGCUGGAAGAGAACCACUGACGAGUCCUGCACAAUAAAUGUGUUUACCAACGGAGACGUCCUGGUGCCUCCAGCUCGAAUACGGAUCCCGAAGUACACGCUCAGGAGCUGGGAACACGUUUUGGCCGUGGUGACGGAGAAAGUGCAUCUUCGCACCGGUGCCGUGUACAGGCUUUGCACAUUGGAUGGACAACCUGUCUGCACUUCCACUGAACUGGAGAACAACCAGCGCUAUGUUGCAGUCGGUGCAGAGAGGUUUAAAGCUCUCCCAUAUGACCAGUGCGUCCCCAGAUUUUCAAUGAGGGAAAACAACUCAACUGAAAGCCGAGACGUCCUGCCUCCUAUUAGAAAGAGCAGACAUGCAAAGGAUGUGUUUCCUCACACGGGCUUUGGCGCGGACCUUGAGCACACAGCCAGGGGCCAGAUGAAGAAACCCGCAGCCAAGCCAGACAGAACCAAACAACCGAGGCAGGUGUCCAGAAACGCAGUUCUUUUCUCAACAGGCGAGGGCAGCGUGUUCAAUGCACAAAACAAAAGAAGUGAGAUAGCGGGAGCGGCGGAGGUGCAGGAGGACGGCCAGCUGAAGGUGGACCUGCCGAUUGAUCAGGUUGAGGCCAAGAUUGUUGAAGUGGAGUAUGAAGAUGGGAGUUGUUCUGCGAGUCCUUGCAAGGCCCCUGAUUCAGACGGCUUGAGUCUGCACAGGUCCAUGUCUGCAGGUUCCAGGAAGAAUGAGGCUAAAGGGAGGGAGGUGUCUUCCAGGCUCAGCAGAACACGGUCACGGAUGUCCCAGCUUUUCAAGGCUGAUGCGGUGCUUCCGGAGGGGCCUUAGAAGACACAUGAUGACAGCCAUGCUCAGAGGAAGAUGGUAACAAGAUGUGAUGCAUAACACAUGAGAGAGGCUGGGGUGUCAUUACAGAGGGAUGAGCAGGCUUCAUCAAGCACAUCACAAAUACAUUUUAGAUGACACCUCCACUUGUGAUGCACUUACUUCAGAGAAAAUAACAUUUAUUACCCUGUUAUGUUUAUUGGAAAUAUGCAGAUGUAUUAGACAGCUGCAGGGGACCUGGGGUUGUAGAUGAAUUACCGAAUUCCCAUUUGCUUUACAUGAACUUUUUCUUUUACUCUAAGAUACUCUUUCUUUGUUUCUAUUUUUUUUUCUCCCCCGGAAUACGGGAUAUUAGUAUUCUGAUGCUGAUAGACUGUCCCUUUUCACUGCUGUGCUCAGAAUAAAUUUGAAAUGCCUGACUGCCUGCAGCAGACUU